AUGUCACCAGAAACAGCUUCUAUCGAGGAGACCGGGGUUGUUAUAUGUGGUGGAGGCCCAACGGGGACUGCACUUUCGGUACUGCUAGGCAUUCUGAACAUACCCAACAUUGUCCUGGAACGAGAAAAGACAAUCACCACAGAUCCUCGAGGUAUAGCUCUCGAUGAAGAUGGCAUUCGAAUACUGCAGUCCCUUGGGAUUUAUGACCGCAUUUAUACCGAAAUUGGCACUUGCAUGGAGAAGUUCAACUUCGUAACCGGCGACGGAACGGAUCCGAGGAAGAAACCGCUGUUGUCGAUGAAGUACGUGACAACAGAAGGCGGCACAGGUCAUGUCGGCUUCAUUUGUCACAAGCAGCCGGCCAUGGAGAAGGCGAUCAGAGACCAGAUCCAAAGAACGCCGUCAUGCAGCUUAAGAACAGAAGCCACAGUCACAGGCGUCAGUGAGGACGAGGGCUAUGCAUAUGUUGAUUACGUUGACGCCCAAGGGUCAUCGCAUCGCAUCAAAGCCCCGUUUCUCGUCGGUGCCGAUGGCAAGACUGGCUAUGUUCGUAAGAUGUAUCUCGAACCAAGGGGCAUAGUCAUGGCGAAGUCGGAGAGGACGAGUUAUGAGGAGACUUGGGUCGCGUUGAACUGGCAGAUAACGCUGCCAGAUGAGAAAUCACAUCCUGAUUUUCCGCUGUGGAGACUCGGUUACACCCCUCAGGAAGUGUACGACCUAUUUUUCCCGAGGGAUUUUCGGUUCUUAUGCAAUCCCAAGCGGCCUUCAGUUUGUGGAAGAUUCGGUCCACCAGCAGAUCGAUUAUGGCGCUUCGAGUUUGUGGUCCAGAAGGACGAGGACGGACAGCAAAUGGCCAAAUUCGAGGAAACCAGUAAAAUCAUCUACCCAUAUAUAACACAUCCAGGCAGCCGCUAUGGUCUGGCACAACCCGUGAGAUUCCCCGAGGAUUGCAUCAAGACCCUCCGGUCUCGACCUUUUUCUUUCGUGGCAAGGAGCUGCAACAAGUGGGCGCUAGGAAGAGUCAUUUUGGCAGGCGACGCGGCUCAUGUCUUUCCUCCCUUUGGCGGCCAAGGCAUAGCUUCAGGCUUUCGAGACGCAGCUGCAUUGGCUUGGAGACUCGCUUUCCUGCAUCGCAAUCCGAAAGCUGAUCACCACAAAGUCCUUGCGGCGUGGUACAGGGAGCGCAAGCAGCAACUCGAUCGCUCGCUCGCGGCGACAGUCCGGAAUGGCGAAUAUGUGACUGAGUCUGAUCCAUUCAAAGUCUUUCUCCGAGAGUGGUAUAUGUGGGCAGUUCAACUGAUACCUGCUUAUCGAAAACAGAUUGAAUUGGGAGCUCGCGCCGCUGGAAUGACCAAGUAUCAACAUGAAGAAGGCAUGCCCUUCAUUCCUGAGAUGGAAGGCGGCCUUCUUCUGCCACAAGUGUAUGCAUACGACUUCAAGACUCGGAGGGUGUGUUUCACAGAUGACUUGAUUUUUGCGCCUCACAAGACAGGCCUCUUCCAGCUUCUCAUCCUACCUGAUAGCGUCGACGAUUGCAGCAGGCUCAUAAAUGGUAUCAACGAAGUAGACCGCGUUUCGAACAACUUGCUCUCGUCGAACGAAGCCACUAUACUCUUACAGUCCACGAAGGUACCAACAGGGUCGACGGCGUUUCCACAACAAGAUAUAGCUCGGCUUGCAGCAGGCAAUGAAUUUGCGGCAGAUUCAUUGCUAUGCAGAAACCGUCCUGAUCCCAUCGGGUACGAUGAGUAUAGGCUCCAUAAGGAAAUCAGGGGCCGAAGGUAUGUCAUACUAAGACAGGAUCGGUUUGUUUUCGCAGCCUGCGACACGAUCGUAGAAUUAAAAGGCGCAGCUGGCCGACUGGCACCGAGUUUGUCACUGCCGUCGUGA